AUGGCGUCGACACGUGCGGUUCAAAUUAAUGAACUUUCGUUUUAUUUGUACAAUAAUUUAAGCUCGUUGGAAAAUAGAGCUAACAAUAAAUAUGACAAGUUGUUAGACAUUAUUGAUAUUGUUAAAUUUUGCACGGACAAGAAAGUGGAUUUACCAACUUAUGUCGCUGCAGAUUUUUCGAAAAUCCCGGAACCAAUAUUAGAACAUUUUCUGAAUUUAUUUGAAUUAAAAUUUAAAUCAUUGGAAACUAAUUUAAAUAAACGUAUAACGGAGAUUGCACAAAUAGCAAAUAACCUAAAGUUGAACAAUUCUACUGUGCACUCUCAGCAUGUCGUUCCAAUAACGUUAAAUGCGCGCGACAUAAAAAAUAAUACUUCAAAUCUUUGGUCUGAUAAAGUUAUGCAAGAAAAAUUAAUUGAUACUGAUAAAGUUAUUCAAAAAAAUUUAAUUGAUAAUGAUUCUCAAAAAACUUUAUCUACGGAUGCUGACGAUGGUUUUCAAUUAGUAAAAUCAAAAAAAAGAAAAAAUAACUUAUCUUCUUCUCAGCCAGGUCAACCUAGUAAUAACGAACCUGCUAUGAAACGCUCGUCGAUAAAAACCUUUGGUGCUGGCAACAACUGUCCUUUAAAGUCCUCUAAGACAAUUGAAAAAAGAGCUACGUAUUACUUAAGAAAUGUCGAAUCUUGCAAAAAAGAGGUUAUCGAGAAUCAUCUGAAAAGCAAUAAUAUUUUAUUCAUACACUGCUUUCCAGUUUUUCGCAAACGCAAAACUGACGAUGCAACUGAAGUCGAUAAAAAUACACAACAACAGUCAACAGCAUUUAAAAUAAUUCUGCCUAAGGACGAAUGCCAAAAAUUACUUAAUCCAGAAAUUUGGCCUAAGUAUAGCUCCUUACAUGAGUGGGAUUAUGAUUACUCGAACAAUAAGAUCUUCAAUCAUGGAUCACAACCAUGA